UGUCACAGGCUCCCUGGCUCAGUCCCAGGCAGACGGAGGGGAGGACUCAUUCAUCCAGGGCCAGCCCAGGAGUGAGACUGCAGAGCUGGCUGGCCCGGCCCAGGCCGGGUGUCAAGGCGGGGAGGGGAUUUCCUCAGCCUCCCUCCCCCUGGGCUGGGCGGCUGGGAACCUGUUGGGACGAUUUUAGUUUGGGGGAGGGACCAAGGAGCUCCUGGCAGGGCGGGAACUUCAGGGCAGGGGAGCCAGCCCCUUGGCCCAGGCGCCCUGGAACGCGGGGGUGCAGCCUGUCCCGGCUGGGACUGCCGUCGGCCUCCCGAGCUUUACUAGAUUUGUCCUGAAUCAUUCUAUGGUGCAUUGCUUGGGGAUUUAAAAACCAGGACAAUUGGAGAAUGCUUUGUUCCUGAGAGAUUAGGUGGAGGGAAGACCCAGGACAAUGGCUGCUGAUCGCGAUUUGGAGAUAGAGGAUGUGACUCUGAAUUUGGAUGGAGACAUGAAAGGAGAGCUGGAAGAAGAGAAGGAAAUGCGAGAGGAUGGGGGAGGUAAAGAUCCCUUCAAGAAUAAAAAGGUCCACAGGGUUGUCUCAAAAUGGAUGCUUCCUGAAAAGGUUCGAAGAACAUACUUGGAGAGAGCUAACUGCCUCCCACCCCCUGUGUUCAUCAUCUCCAUCAGCAUUGCUGAGCUGGCAGUGUUUAUUUACUAUGCUGUGUGGAAGCCUCAGAAACAGUGGAUCACCCUGGACACAGGCAUCCUGGAGAGUCCCUUUAUCUACAGUCCUGAGAAGAGGGAGGAAGCCUGGAGGUUUAUCUCCUAUAUGCUGGUGCAUGCUGGAGUUCAGCACAUCCUGGGGAAUCUUGUUAUGCAGCUCAUGUUGGGUAUUCCCUUGGAAAUGGUCCACAAAGGCCUCCGAGUAGGGCUGGUGUACCUGGCUGGAGUGAUUGCAGGGUCCCUUGCCAGCUCCAUUUUUGACCCACUCAGAUAUCUUGUGGGUGCUUCAGGAGGAGUCUAUGCUCUGAUGGGAGGCUAUUUUAUGAAUGUUCUAGUGAAUUUUCGAGAAAUGAUCCCUGCCUUUGGAAUUGUCAGACUCCUGAUCAUCAUCCUCAUAAUUGUGUCGGAUAUGGGAUUUGCUCUCUACAGAAGGUUCUUUGUCCCUGCAAAUGGGUCACCGGUGUCUUUUGCAGCCCACAUUGCGGGUGGAUUCGCUGGAAUGUCCAUAGGUUACACUGUGUUUAGCUGCUUUGAUAAGGCACUGCUGAAGGACCCAAGAUUUUGGAUAGCAAUUGCAGCUUAUUCAGCGUGUGUCUUAUUUGCUGUGUUUUUCAACAUUUUCCUGUCCCCAGCAAACUGACCUGCCUCUAGUCUAAGCCAAAUAAUGAAAAGAGCUAUCUGGGAAAAAAAAAACUGAAGUCUACGAAGAGACAGAGAAGUCCUUGCAAAUGCUAACAAUUUUAUAAAGAGGUCAAAACAUGAUUCAAGUCAUCAGUUGCAAAGACUGUUUACAAAGCAAUCAGGGUUAGGGAAGGGGCUUCUGAAUGCCGAGGGAGGGAAAAGGAAGAGAGAAAAGGGGAGGGACAGAAAAAGCAGGGGUAGGCUCUUUCCAGACAUGCGGUGUGCAUUGUAUGUAUCCUCUAAAAGAGACUUGGUCUCCUUGGAGGAUAUGUUGCAGAGACUGCUUGAUAUAAUCCACAAAUACUGUACUGUGCUGAUAAUAAAAACUUUUCGUACCUGU